AUGGCUCCUCUAAUACUUUCUGCGACAAACGAGCUUGUUGGGCAUAAUGAUAACAGCACAACUGAGGCACCGAAAAUUCUAGGAUCCAUUGUUUCCGAUGAAGAACGCGAACACCUCAGUUUGCCGGCCUACAGAAUUCCCACGACACCCUCAGUUGAUCAACAUCCAUUUUUCGCUGCACUGGGCUCUACUCCAGCACCGCCGUCAAAACACGCGAGCACCUCACAAGCUUUGAUGAUAGCCCUGGCCGUGUGUUUCGGUCUGGUUUUCUCGUUUUGGAUGUGCAAAAAAUGCCUUCCGAAACGCAAAAAAAGGACGAAGAAGGGAGUCAAUGUUGAUGCUGAUGACAGCAAGGUUAUCAAAUUCGUUUCUUCACUGAACAAACAACUGGAAGACACUCAAGGCCUGACAGAAAAUAUGGAAGUAAACGAAAAAGCAGCGGAUGUAAAGGAAAAGGUCUCUUUAGGCUCGUUGCAGUACUCCCUGACUGUUGGAAUUAUCCAAGCUCGUGAUCUUCCCGCAAUGGAUAUGUGUGGAACUUCGGACCCCUAUGUAAAGGUAUUUCUUCUUCCAAAUAAAAAGAAGAAAUUUGAAACGAAGGUGCAUCGCAAAACCCUAAAUCCCGUUUUCAACGAAACCUUCGUAUUUAAGUUGCCCUAUGCGGAGAUCUCGGGAACUACGCUGGUGCUCUACGUCUACGAUUUUGAUCGGUUUUCCAAACACGAUCAAAUUGGCCAACUGAAAAUUCCACUGGGUUCCAUUGAUCUCUGCCAAACUCUUGAAGAAUGGCGUCCUAUUGAACCAACUGAUUCGGAGAAUGAAAAGGAAAAUCGACUCGGUGACAUUUGUUUUUCGCUUCGCUAUGUUCCCACCUCAGGAAAAUUGACAGUUAAUAUCUUGGAAGCCAAAAAUCUAAAAAAGAUGGAUGUAGGUGGCCUCUCAGAUCCCUACGUAAAGCUCUCCUUGAUGCUUCAAGGCAGACGAAUAAAGAAGAAGAAGACAACAAUUAAAAAGUGUACCCUCAACCCCUACUACAAUGAGUCCUUCUCAUUCGACGUUCCUUUUGAUCUUAUUCAGAAAGUAAAUCUGAUCGUAACCGUUGUGGAUUAUGACCGAGUGGGCUCCUCCGAUCCCAUCGGUCGAAUAGUUCUCGGCUGCAGCUCAACCGGUGCCGCGCUGCGUCAUUGGUCCGAUAUGCUAGCCAAUCCGCGCCGACCGAUUGCACAAUGGCAUACUCUUCAGGAGAUUCAAGAGCACAACUGA